AUGGGACAAAACAAUGGUACUGAAGUAACUGAAUUCGUUCUCCUGGGAUUCGCUGGUCAACAUAAGUCUUGGCAUGUCUUUUUCACAGUAUUUCUAGUGAUCUACAUGGCCACGCUAGUGGGUAACAUAGGCAUGAUCCUCCUCAUCAAGACUGACUCUUCCCUUCACACCCCCAUGUAUGUUUUCCUCCAAAACUUGGCUUUUGUUGAUCUCUGUUAUGCCACUGCUAUCACUCCCAAGAUGUUGCAUAAUUUGAUGAGCACCAAAAAUUCCAUCUCAUUCUUCGGAUGUAUGGUGCAAUUACUAGUCUAUGGUACCUUUGUAACAAGUGAUUGCUACAUCCUGGCAGCUAUGGCAGUGGACCGUUAUGUGGCCAUCUGUAACCCACUUCGCUAUGGAACUGUCAUGUCCCAGAGAGUCUGCAGUCAACUCUUAACUGGUUCAUACUUCAUGGGCUUCUUGAAUGCUUCUGUCAAUGUAAGUUUUACUUUCUCACUGAAGUUUUGCAAAUCCAAUAAAAUUAACCACUUUUUCUGUGAUGAACCCCCAAUUCUGGCCCUCUCAUGCUCUGAUAUUUACUUCAGCAUCAUGGUACUAGCAGCCUUUGUGGGUUUUAACUCGACAUUCACUAUACUGGUCAUCAUCUUUUCCUACAUGUUUAUCUUGUCUGCCAUCCUGAAGAUCUCUUCUGCUGCAGGGAGGAAGAAAGCCUUCUCCACCUGUGCCUCCCACCUGACAGCUGUCACCAUUUUCUAUGGAACACUCUCUUAUAUGUACCUGCACCGUGGUACCAUAGAGUCUCAAGAGCAAGAAAAAAUGGCUUCCAUUUUUUAUGGGGUUGUGAUUCCCAUGUUAAACCCUCUCAUCUACAGUCUGAGAAACCAAGAUGUAAGAGAAGCCCUAAAAGGGGUUGGAAAGAAGUGUUUCUAG